CAAGUCCUGUCUUUGAUUGCAUGACGUCUCGGUUUCUACAGUCUGGCCCGGUCAAAUGAUGUUCUCGCUGGCAUAAAGAACAUGUCCCCUUGCCACACUGGGCUCUAUUCGCAUCUUGAAAGAAUGAGUCAGUGGCGUUGACGCGUCGUCUCGGUAAGCUCAGACCUUCCAAGGCACGCUCCCUCCUUCACACGCCCGAGGGCCUUGCAAUUCCAUCUCUCCUUCGACCAUGUUGACCUCCUCCCGAUCGUCCCAUCCUCGGUCUAGCCGUCACACACAAUGUACGCAGCGAUUCUACUAGCAUUCUACGGGUCAGCAUUUGCGCAAACGCCGGGCACGGGUCCGCUACCUCCAACACUCACAGCAAGCGCCCCAGCCGGCACAUGGACACCGCGCCCUCCGAGCAACGGUCUGCCUCCGGCCUCACUCACCGGGAUAGGCAGACAAGCGCACGUCAGGAGCAGUACGGAUUUCUGCCUCUUUCUCCCCAAAGAUCCCGUUCACGAAAACUUUGUGAUGGCCGAAGCGGAUGCCGUGGCUUAUUGUCUCAAUCCGGCAAACGAUACGAGACCCUUUCCAGACGGAUUCAUCUUGUCUGCUCACUAUCGCAACACAUCGGUCUACUCGCAGGUGUCCGGUGUCUUUCGAGCGAGGCCGAUGAACGUUGCGCCGGCAGAAGCAGGUGGCGAGUACGAUAACCACGGUGCGCUAGGUGUGGGGAAUCCAGUAGGCGCAGAGGUGGACGGCGCCAACAACUGGUUUCAAUUUGCUGGCAUGACGGAUGAGCCUGACCUGCAAGCUCAAGGAAAGGGCAUCUUUGUCAUCCGUGCAUGUCACGGCGAUUAUGAUACAUCUUACGCUUAUUGCCGUAAUACGUACGAUCUCAUGGGCGCAGAAUGGGUUGCCCCGGGCGUCUACACAGAGUCAGGCUUCGAAGACUGUCAAGCAGAUCUCAAUUUGCCCGUGGGCGUCUACAACGCAAGCUACACUUUUAAGCAAGGCAUGUCGCCCACACCCACUGCUGUAUCUGCACCUGCGUCCAGCAAUUGUAUCAUCUCACCCACGCCAGCUCCAUCUGGCGUGACAUAUUCGUGGGGAGAAACCAGCCAGCCCACUGCCACGCCAAAUCCGAGCAACGGAGCUUCGUCUCAAGCGGCACAGAGCGCCGCUUCACGCUUUGGUUUCGACGCGAUGAUCGCUUCGCUAGCGCUUGCGUCGACGAUGGUCGUUAUGGUUGUUGUCAGCUGGUAGCCAUCUUCAUUUCACGCACUUCAAUCAUUGGCAACGCUCUUUGCCGAACAUGCCCAUCGUUGCCCCGAGCAGAGCUGGUUCGCUUCCGUCCCAUCCUGUGAUACGUUCAUGCAAUGGAGCACAGCAAAGAACGCUCAGAAGACUCGAUAUUGACUUUUAUCACCGCGCGCGUUGCCGCCGAGCCAAUUGCGCCCACGAUUGCAGCGCUUGUGAAUGCCGACGAUGUGAUCGAACAGGAUCCACCGCCUCGCAACGACUAUGCGACAUACGCAGAAGAGGUCAUCCACAUUGCCUCGGACGUCAAUCUAGUCCCACUAAGACAAAACUUUGCGAAACGAUGUCUCGCUACUUUGAACCCGAGACCUCUGUGGAAGAAGAUCGCACGGCCAUUAUCAUCAGGAACACUCGUGCGACGAGCAUCACUGAAGUCGCCAAAGCUGCUUCGCGCGCGUCGCUUGGCCACAGAACAGAGUG